CCUACAUUUUAGUAGAGGAACAAAAAAUGGGCUCAUUACCAAGCUUCACCAAACCGUUUAAAUUAUCCCCACACACGAUUAUUGUAGAUGUAUGAGGACCGGAGCGCACUUUUGAGCAGAGUCCACGUCUGUAGUCGCCGUGCCUGUAAAGUGAUUCAUGAAAUUGAAGAGAGUAAAGUUGGAGGUGAGAGUUGUGGCCGAGCGUGUUGACACAGUUGGAGCUGCUUGACACCGCUGAAAGGGCCUUCCUCCAUCCCCCCUCACCCGUCAUCUGCUUAGCGAAGAGUGAUGACCUCACAGCAGCAUGGGAAUGCCAACCCUGCCCUCCUCUCGCCACAGAACUCCACAUCCAGUCAGGGCAGGCAGCACAUUUCACGUUCCCCGAUAGACUCGUACUCCCGCUCCGGGCUCUCUUCUCCUCGAAGAGGCUGGGUAGCGGCGUCAUCAUCUGGAACAACUCAUGGUAACUCUCUUGCUCUUUCUCUAAGCCGACUGGCUCCAGCAUCCAGCAGUAAUUCUUCCUCAACACGGAGACCUGCGUCUGGCCGUGUGGAGCCGUGGCCGGAGGAGGCUGUGGAUGACGCGUAUGGGCUUUACUCUCUUCACCGCAUGUUUGAUAUAGUUGGCGCACAGCUGACGCACCGUGACGUGCGCGUGCUGUCCUUUCUUUUUGUGGACGUUAUUGAUGAGUAUGAGAGAGGAGGCAUAAGGAGUGGACGGGACUUCUUGCUUGCGCUGGAGCGUCAGGGGCGGUGUGAUGAGACGAACUUCCGGCAUGUUCUUCAGCUGCUCCGCAUCAUCACUCGCCACGACCUGCUGCCGUACGUCACGCUGCGCAAGAGACAGACAGUGUGUCCAGAUCCGGUGGAUAAAUAUUUGGAGGAGACCUCAGUCCGUUAUGUUUCUCCUAGAGGAACAGCAGAUGUCCAGCAUGGAACUCCUCACAGAAGAACAGGACCCCAGCCCUUGAUAUGCUGUCCUUCAUCAGGACCCCAGGUAUGUCCACCACGCGCUACCCGCCCCACCUCCACCGAGCAGAAAAGGAAGAGAUCUCACACAACUGCUGACUGCAGAGAAAAACAGACCUGUGACAUCAGACUGAGGGUGCGUGCCGAGUACUGCCAGCACGAGUCUGCUCUUCAAGGCAACGUCUUCUCCAACAAACAGGAAGCUCUGGAGAGGCAGUUUGAGCGUUUCAAUCAGGCCAAUACCAUCCUUAAGUCCCGCGACCUGGGCUCCAUCAUAUGUGACAUCAAGUUCUCAGAGCUGACCUACCUGGACGCCUUCUGGCGGGACUACAUCAACGGCUCCCUUUUGGAAGCCCUGAAAGGCGUUUUCAUCACAGACUCUCUGAAGCAGGCAGUCGGCCAUGAGGCCAUUAAGCUCCUGGUGAAUGUGGAUGAGGAAGAUUACCAGGCUGGCCGGAGGAAGUUACUGAGAAACCUUGUGGCAGGAGGUGCUGGUGCGGGAACGGGGAGCAGGGAGGGUCCCUUGUCCUAGUGGUGGGACUGACUCGGUAAGUGGAGGAAGUUCAGAGAGACCCUGAUGAGCAGAGUUCGGACACUAAUAAGAAGGUAUACAUUGGGGGAAAAGAGAGUGAGGAAUGUAAACAGAGAGCAAGUGACUCUUAAAAAAAAACAAAGAAACA